AUGAAUAAACUCAAGAAGUUGCUUUCCCCGGAGGAUCCUGCAGAGGCGCCGCCCGUCAGACGCAGCUCCAUCACCCGUCGCUCCUUGAAGCUUCUCCGAAACCACUCUAGCUCGUCUUUGUCCACCAUGGACAACCCCUUGCCCAGGUCCCCCGAAGAUUCUGAUGACCCGAAUACGGAGCGGCGCAAGUCAAAGCUCACGGUCAACUACGCCUCCUCCAUCAUUGGGGGGUCAUCUGUGAAACACACCACCAACGAGCCGAAGCCCAAAUCGUCGCACGAUGCGAUGAAAACCGACGAUGAGGUAGCCACCGAUCGCAAGGUCUUUUCCUUCUCAUUGCCGUUUGGCAACACCAACCCAUUGGCUCUGCCGCUCAGCCUUCCGCGGAAAUUCCUCGGCUCCUUCACCAACCACCCGGAAUCCGAUGAGGGCUACAGUAUGGAUGAGUUGCGGCUUCGCUUGGAGCGCCAGGAGCUGAUUAACACCAUGGAGGAAGAGUUCCUCUUCAAAGACUUGAAGAAGUUGCAGUCGUCGCGAUUCAGCGCGGUCAAGCGAACCUUGACUCCCGAUAUCGAAAACUUAAGGCAGUUGAUCAACGGAAAAAAGCCGUCGCACGAGGUCUUGACCAAUGAAAACGUGUUUGAACACAUCGACGGUCCCGUAAUCAUUCUUGGCGGCUAUCGUGGCUCGAUUCUCCGUGACGUUAAAACAAAACGCCGCCUCUGGAUCCCGUUCAAGGUCAGCUUGAACUUUCGCAAAAUCAACUUGUGCUUGGGGCCGUCGGAUGAGGAUGAGUUGAAGGCCUCCCGGGAUAUUGUUGCGGAUGGGAUGUUGACCCACGUGGGCCCCAUCGAUAUUUCCAAGAAGCUCAUCAACCGCAUCCGGCAACGGAGCGCCAGCAGCGGUGGAUGCAUCUACGAGUUUGGUUACGAUUGGCGCUUGUCGUGCGAUCUCAACUCUGCAAAGAUGGCGGAGUUUCUGCGCACAAUCACCGAAAAACACGGGAAAAAAGUAUUGGUGAUUGCCCACUCCAUGGGCGGCUUAAUCACCCACCACGCCAUGAACCAGCACCCGGAACUCUUCCGCGGGGUGGUUUAUGCCGGGGUGCCGUACGAGUGUCCCAACGUCUUGGGGCCGAUACGUUUUGGAGACGUGGUUUUGGUGAAUAACAACAUCCUCACGCCAGAGGUUAACUUCAUGAUGCGUUCCAGCUAUGUGUUUUUGCCCACGGACGGUCGGUUGUUUAAGGAUAGAAAGACCGGAGAGAGAUUUGACCUCAACUACUUUGACCCGGACGUGUGGGUGGAGUACAAUUUGAAUCCGUUGGUGUGUAAAAAGCGAAAGUUGAGGGAGGAGGCGGAAGAAAAGAAAGGACUGGAGAAAGGUAGCACCGGGUCCUCUCUGACGGGGGUCUCCAAGCUCUCCGCCGUGUCGAUGAAGCGGACCUUGUCGUCCUUCACGAACCACUUUGCCAGCGAAAACUACCCCCCACAAGUCGAAGACGAGGACAUGGGCAGCUAUGCCAUCUCGUUCUCAGAGGCGUAUGACUACUUGACACGCACGCUUAAGCGGACGGCCAAGUUUAUCGAGGAGUUGAACUUCAAGCCAGACUUGGCGGCCGAGUAUCCGCCUCUUGCCAUAGUGUACGGAAACACCACCCCCUCGAUGCGUCACUCGCGUGUUCCGGGCUUGCAAGGCAUCAAAGACGGCGACUACUACGACUUUGCCUACGGCCACGGUGACGGGGUGAUCCACCAAAAGUGGUUGAUGCCUGAAAGGAGGGGCUUUCCUAUCGUGGAAAAGGUUCCCAAUAUGAACGCCGUGGGCCAUGCCCUCCGCAGCAUCCUUGAGGAGGAAAAUAAGCGGGAAGCACAAAAUUGA